UCGCAUAAAACGUAAACAAAAAUCUGCCGGUGCAGACCAAUCUCCUAGUUUUGUUAAAGUUAUUUUAUAAAUAAUAGUUAAUUAAAAUGCCCAACUGGAAUCAAAUACAGUCGCAGCUGCGCAGUUCCAACAAUCCAGUCGUUUUUUUCGACAUCGCCGUAGGCACAACGGAAAUCGGACGAAUGAUAUUCGAGCUGUUUGCGGACACAGUACCCCGCACGGCGGAAAACUUUCGGCAGUUCUGCACGGGCGAGUACAGGCCGGAUGGAGUCCCCAUUGGCUACAAAGGCGCCAGCUUCCACCGGGUGAUCAAGGACUUCAUGAUCCAGGGCGGCGACUUUGUCCAGGGCGACGGCACUGGCGUUACCAGUAUAUACGGCAACACCUUCGGCGACGAGAACUUCACCCUGAAACACGACUCGCCGGGACUGCUGUCCAUGGCGAACAGUGGCAAGGAGACCAAUGGCUGCCAGUUCUUCAUCACCUGCGCCAAGUGCAACUUCCUGGACGGCAAGCAUGUGGUCUUCGGUCGCGUUCUAGACGGUCUACUCAUCAUGCGGAAAAUCGAGAACGUGCCCACGGGUCCCAACAACAAGCCCAAACUGCCAGUGACCAUUUCGCAAUGCGGACAAAUGUAGCGCGAAGUACUGAAUGUUGUAAUAAAGUCUCUAUUAGGUCUUUGUAAA